AUGGUUCUGGGCGGCGUGCGGGCCCCCCGUGACAAUGUGUCAAUGUGCGUGCUGGCGCCUGGCGGGAGGAACAAAACUCGCUGCGCAUCCUUCCGCCGCCUCCUCCAGCUCCAGGCUCUGCUCACCGUCACCGGCCUCGCCGCUCACCGCUUCCCGGCCUCCCGCCUCCUCGCCUUCUGCGCGCUCUCCGACCCGCCCCGCAUCGCCCACGCCGCCGCCGUCCUCGCCCAAUGCGCCGAGGGCCCCAACGCGUACAUGCUCGCCACCAUGAUGCGCGGCUUCCUCCGCGCCGGCCUCCCUGCCCGCGCGCUCGCCCUCUUCCGCCGAGUGAUCCGCGACCGCCUCCCCGCCGACGCGCGCACCAUCGUCUUCGCCCUCAAAGCAGCAGCUGCCGCCGCCUCCGCCUCGUCCCCCGGCGAAGCCGUCCACUGCGUCGCCCUCAAGCGAGGGUUCGGCCAGAGCAUGCUCGUGGGGAACGCGCUGGUGCAUUUCUACGCCAGCAGCAUGUCAUUUCCCGACGCGCAGAAGGUGUUCAACGAAAUGCCCGACCGGGACGUUGUCUCGUGGACGACGCUGGUGGACGGAUACGCGCGCGGUGGGCUGCCUGACGAGGCGUGGCGGGUGUUCUGCAGGAUGGUGGUAUCGGAGGGCAUGUGGCCGAACGGGGUCACACUGGUCGCCGCAGCCUCGGCUGUUGGGCAGAUGGGGCUGCUGGGUCUGGGGAGGACGGUGCAUUGUUGCGUUGCUGAGAGUGGUAUUGGCACGAGCGUUAACUUGGAGAAUGCACUGGUUGAUAUGUUUGGGAAGUGUGGGUGUUUGGCCUCUGCUAAGGAAGUUUUCGAUGGAAUGGCAGCCAAGGAUGUGUACUCCUGGACGAGCAUGGUCAGUGCAUAUGCUAAGUGUGGUGAUUUGGAGAGUGCGGUGCAGCUGUUUGAGGAAAUGCCUAGGAGGAACACGGUUUCUUGGACUUGCAUGAUUGCAGCUUACGCACAGGCAAAUCAACCGGGGGAAGCUGUGAGGAUGUUCAAUGACAUGGUUGCAGCAGGAGUGGAGCCGAUUGAUGCCACUCUCGUGAGUGUUCUGUCGGCAUGUGCUCAGUUGGGUUGCUUGGAUCUUGGUAUUUGGCUGUAUGAGACUUACAUUGUCACUCAUAAGGUUGGGCUUACAGUGAAUCUAGGCAAUGCAUUCAUCGAUAUGUUUGCGAAAUGUGGAGAUGUGGGUUCUGCAUCAAGAUUAUUUGGCGACAUGGAGGAAAGGAAUUUAGUAAGUUGGAACUCGGUGAUCAUGGCCCAUGCCUUGCAUGGUCAGUCUGAAGAAGUUCUUCAUCUCUUUCAGCAGUUCAAAGGAACUGGUAUUUUGCCUGAUGAGAUCACAUAUAUUGGGGUACUUUCUGCGUGUAGUCAUGGUGGUUUAGUUUCAGAAGGGAAGCACCAUUUCAAAGAAAUGAAGGUGGUUUAUGGGAUUGAACCCAGGGCUGAACAUUAUGCUUGUAUGAUUGAUCUUCUGGGUAAAGUUGGACUUGUAGAAGAGGCAUUUGAAGUUGCAAGAAGUAUGCCAAUUGGAGCUGAUGUGGCUGGUUGGGGCGCUCUUUUAAACGCAUGCAGAAUGCAUAGUAAUGUUGAGAUUGGUGAAUGUGCUGCAGAUAAGCUUGCUGAGCUAGAUCCUUCAGACAGUGGAAUCUAUGUACUUAUGAGCCAAAUAUAUGCAAGUAAAAGCAAAUGGGACCAGGUGAAAAUGCUUAGGACAGUGAUGAGAGAUAGAGGCAUAAAGAAGAAUCCCGGCUGUAGUUCUAUCAAAGUGGAUGGGAAGUUUCAUGAGUUUUUGGCGGCAGAUGUUUCACAUGUCCACUCAGAAGAUAUAUAUACUGCAUUGGAGAAUGUUUACAUUCAUUUAAAAACAGAAGGUUAUAUUCCUCCUGCUUGA